AUGUUUGUCUCUCGCUCUUUCUCCCUGACAGCUUUUGCUGCUCUGCUCUCGUUGGCCGUCUCAGAUGUAUUUGACCCUGACUCUGUAUGCUACUCUUACGGUGUCGACUUUGUCGAUGAGGGGUCUUACUUCAUCAACUCGCUUUCCAGCGAUCCGUUUACCAGUGUUUCCACUUUUAAAGGGUGCAAUACAGGCGUUGCGGACAUCUUGCUUGUCGACCCUGAUGACACUGAGUAUCUUUGUGACGAUAUUCCUACCACCCCGGCGGAUGAACCACAGUUGUCGAAAUGUCCGAUUUUGAAGAACCAGAUGUCUUCUGGGCACUGGCUUCUUCUGAUCUUGGGUAACAAUGGUGAUUAUCCUGCUCAGCCCUUCGCAUGGCAGCGAGAUCUCUACCUUACAUUAGGUACACAAAUUACGAGCACAUUCACGCCAACGGUCACACUCAGCACAGUCACCACUCCUAUCGCAACUGAGAUACUAAGUACAACAUCGCUGCUUGUGACUGAGGUUGGUCCCUUCGAAACUGUCACCGUCCCAAGCGCAACAGCCAAGAAGACCAAGACCAUUACGCCUAAACCAGUAACGACAACGUCGACGAAGACGAUGACAAAGACUAGACUGGAUGCGACACGGGUGUUCAGUACAACUACAAAGACAGCGACCGCCACCUGCACAACACCCGGCCGCCCUGGAAAGCCAGACAAGCCCUGCCGCUUCACUCCUACACUUCUCCACCCUGCGGCGCUGGCCACACCCACCAGUCUGCCCAAGUACAGCCGCCACGUACGCCGAUCUGAUCGUGCUAUUGAUUACGAGUGGGCGCGUGCACGUGUUGAAGCAGCCAAGCAGAAGCGCAACGCAAAGGCUCAAGGCCUCGAACGCCGCGCUCCAGACACUCCAACUACUACUCUGACUGCUGAAACUCCUAUCGCUACAACGACUACUAUCACUGCUGAUCCUAUUACUACCACGGAGACCGUUCUUUUUACUCAAACCAGCACGUCAACGCUGCCACCUGCCACUGUCUUCUCUGGAGUCCUCACCCACACAACCACGCUGCCUACACGUACGAAGACGCGACUUCAACUUGGCUGGGCGACUACCACAAAGACCAUCACCUGGGGCGCCACUUUCACAAAGUACACUACAGUCACUCCAACAGCCUCGGUGUCAGCUUGCAAGAAAGCAGGUGGGCACUUCGGAUGGAAUUGA